AUGUCCCUGAGUAGCCACUCCAGCAGUGCGUCCCGGGCUCGCUCACUAUUCGCUCUCCAUUUCAGUCGACACCGUCAACAACGCGAAGCCCCCUUGUCAUUGGCACCAGACAGUCCGCGCACCCCCCAGCAUGGCGACGACGGCGAGGUAUCCAAAAUCCAUGUCUUGCCUUCUGACACGUUGACCUUGGCUCCUCGACUGCCUUCGAACGCUCAUGUCUGGUCCGAGCUGACCAGAAUGGAUCUCAAUAACCCGACUCUGAGCCCUAACCUCGCAGACCUGCUCACCGGUCUGUCGAGUCCGGAAGAUGCAAGCCGCAAAAUGGCAGCUUUCAAGCUGCAGUCGCUCAUCAACGACCCUUCCUUUGCGGAACAUUUCGUGCUUGCGGGCGGCCUGCCUCGACUGCGCGCACUCGUCCUCGAAAGCAGUGGAAAUACCCUCGCGUACAGUCUGGCCAGCUUUGCUAGGCUAUUAGAGGUGGACCAAGGAUGGGAGGCCGUCAAUGAUCAGGUUGUCCAGAAGGCAAGGCUUCUCUCGUCCAGGCCAUCACAAGGAACGAACACCGCUGACUGA